AUGAGUCUCUCCGGCUCUGCUCCAUUGGCCAACACCGGCAGCAGCCACAGCCAGACACUGGCGCCGCCGUUUGAGCCCAUCGCCGCCUCUUCUUCCUCCUCUACUGCCCACGAUGAGCAAGCGACCGCUGUGACCGGCAGCGCCUCCAACGAGAAAAAGCAGAAGAAGCGUCGUAGCAUAUUCGGCUUCGGCAAGAAUAAGGUCGAAGGCGCUGGAGCAGACACAUCGUCGUCCGCCGCGUCCGCAGCACGGGCAGCCAGUACCUCUCCAGCCACCGGCGCUUCCCUGCCACCACCCACUCUGUCAAAAUCCCCGCCGCCGCCUCCUCCCAAGACGGGCAGCUUGUCCAACACCGGGGUCGCACCAAAACCGCCCGCCAAGGACGUGCCUGCUCGCAAGCCCACCUCGCCGAUCUUGACCGACAACUUCAGCCCCAUGAGUGCCAGCAUUACCAGCAGCGGCGUUGGUGGCAGCACCACAACCGGCGGAUCCAAUUAUGGUGGCUACUACGUGCUCCCGCCGUCUUCGCCCGGCCGUAGUAUUGCUGCGCUCUCGUCAUCGCCACGCAUGUCGUCGCCUGCCGGCUCGCAGAUCUUUGAGCGCGACGUUCAAGAAAACAACAGCGUGCUCAUGCCGGGCUCCCCUGCCAUCCCCUCCCACAUUACCACCGAGAAUUUUAUUCCGCCCGUCCUCGACGCCUCCUCCGAGGCCAUUACCGACGGCCACCUCGACCCGGACACCGUCGAGAUCAUUACCCAUGCACACCACCAGCCGGCUGGUCUUGCUGUAGCUGGUGGUGGUGGCAGCGGCGGCGGCGGCGUUAACAGCUCUGCUGCCAGCGGCACAUUUGCCUGGGUCGACGACGUUGCUAGCAGUUUUGUGUCUGACAAGGACGACAACGCCUCAAACUACGGCUCCUUUGACACCACCGAUGUGCGCCGUCUCAGCUUUAUCUCGUUUGCCGACGUCGUGCAGGCCGAGCAUCAGCAGCAGCAGCAACAGCAGGCCACCGCCGGUCCCGGCAGUCUGGCGGGCCUGACCAGUCUCGCAGCCCUCAGCGGCGCCAUCAACCGCUCUCCGUCGCCCAUGCGCUCGCCGACCACCACCGACCGCUUCGGCACGAGCCCACCUGCUAGCAAGAGCGGCUCGGUCAAGAACCUGGAUCUGUCUCCGCAGCGCAACCCCUCUGCCGCUCCGAGCAAGGCUCUCGGGUCUCCCACACGGUCUCCCAAGAUUGCCGCCAUUAGCACCGGCAGUGGCAGUGCGCUCUUACAGGUCGCUGGUGGCGGCAACGGCGCUGGUGAGAUUUCGGUGGAGACCAUGUCGCAGGCGCUCCGACGGACGGGCAGCGGUGAUCUGAGUGGUGUGCGGAGCACGCCCCAGAGUCCUAUUUGA